CUCUCUCUCUAUUUUCUUUCGCUCGCAGGCGCGUCGACGAAACCCUCGAUCGAUCCAACGAUCCGCCAAGGAGGAGUAGUCCGGUUCGAUCCUUCUCCUCUAGCUGUCUGAAGGGUUUCUGGGACAGAAUGGGUGGUAAUUUCGGGUGGGAUUGAGGGGAUAAUGGUCGGAUUGGGAGCGCGGAGGCGCGAUUGCAUGGGUGAAGAAUGCCAGAGCUGCGGAGCGGGGUGCGUCGACGGGGUCGUUCUCCACCAACGCCGGCACCGCCGGCGGUAGAUCGCCCCUUGCGGAACACGAGGGCGCGUGCCGCCGCCGCCGCCGCCAAGAAGCCGGAGCCUGCAGGGGUUGCGGCCGGGGGUAGCCGGCGGGUGAGGACCAGGGCCGCGGCUCCGCGGCCGGCCUCGGCAAAGGGGAGGCAGAGGGUGAGAUCGGCCAAGGGGAGGCAGAUUUUGGUCGAGGAGGAGGAGGAGGGGAGAGAGUCGGAUCGAUUGAAGGACGUGGUGUUGGUGGAGGAAGAGAAAAGAGGAAAGGGUCUUGUAAGUCAAGCGGAGGAAGCAAGAGGGAAGGAGAUGAUGGGUGAUGAAAGCGGCGGAUUGAGCGCUAAUAGGGCCGCGAGACAGGAGGAGGAGGGGAACACUAAUCCCUUUCCCGAAAAGGUCCAAGUUGGUGGUUCUCCUGUAUAUAAGGUUGAGAGGAAGCUGGGCAAGGGUGGGUUUGGUCAGGUGUUUGUUGGUCGACGAGUCUCUGGUGGCAUUGAUCGAGCAAUGGGUCCUGGUGCAUUGGAGGUUGCUAUCAAAUUCGAGCACAGGAACAGUAAAGGCUGUAAUUAUGGCCCUCCUUAUGAAUGGCAAGUUUACAGUGCUCUUGGUGGCAGUUAUGGAGUGCCUAGGGUACACUAUAAAGGUCGGCAAGGUGACUACUAUGUGAUGGUAAUGGACAUGCUAGGUCCCAGCCUUUGGGAUGCUUGGAAUUCUUCAGGUCAAACGAUGUCAUCAGAAAUGGUUGCUUGCAUUGCUGUUGAGUCGAUAUCAAUUCUUGAGAAGAUGCAUACAAAAGGAUAUGUCCAUGGAGAUGUAAAGCCAGAAAACUUCCUUCUUGGUCAGCCAGCAACACCUCAGGAAAAGAAGUUAUUUCUUGUUGAUCUCGGAUUAGCCACAAGAUGGAAAGAUGCUAGCAGUGGUCAUCAUGUUGAGUAUGACCAACGCCCAGAUGUGUUCAGAGGAACUGUUCGAUAUGCAAGUGUUCAUGCACAUCUAGGAAGAACUGCAAGCAGGAGAGAUGAUCUGGAAUCUCUUGCAUAUACACUAAUUUUUCUUCAUCGAGGCAGAUUACCAUGGCAAGGAUACCAGGGUGACAAUAAGUCAUUCUUAGUUUGCAAGAAAAAGAUGGCAACGUCCCCAGAGAUGCUAUGUUGCAUCUGUCCUCCACCAUUUAAGCAAUUUCUUGAGAUUGUGGUUAACAUGAAAUUUGAUGAGGAACCUAACUACUCUAAGCUUAUUUCUUUGUUUGAUGGGUUGAUUGGACCAAAUCCAGCAGUUAGGCCAAUCAACACUGAUGGUGCUCAAAAGGUUGGUCAAAAACGUGGCAGAUUGACUAUUGAUGAAGAAGACGAAAGCCAACAAAGGAAGAAGAUCCGUUUAGGAGUGCCUGCCACCCAGUGGAUUUCUGUAUAUAAUGCUAGGCUUCCAAUGAAACAAAGGUACCACUACAAUGUGGCGGAUGCACGGUUGGCACAACAUAUAGAGAGGGGAAAUGAAGAUGGUCUGCUUAUUAGUUGUGUUGCAUCAUGCUCCAAUUUGUGGGCCAUUAUUAUGGAUGCAGGAACUGGUUUUACAUCUCAAGUUUAUGAGUUAUCGCCAUUCUUCCUUCACAAGGAAUGGAUCAUGGAACAAUGGGAGAAAAACUACUAUAUCACCUCUCUUGCUGGUUCCAACAAUGGAAGUUCUCUUGUAGUAAUGUCAAAAGGCACCCAAUACACCCAGCAGUCAUACAAAGUAAGUGAAUCUUUCCCCUUCAAGUGGAUAAACAAGAAGUGGAAAGAAGGAUUUCAUGUCACAUCGAUGGCAACAGCCGGGAGUCGAUGGGGCAUUGUCAUGUCACGCAAUGCUGGUUUUAGUGAUCAGGUUGUUGAAUUGGACUUCCUGUAUCCAAGUGAGGGCAUCCACAGGCGUUGGGACAGUGGAUAUCGGAUUACAUCUAUGGGUGCCACUUGGGAUCAGGCUGCUCUUAUUCUUAGUGUGCCCAAGCGGAAGCCCGGUGAUGAGACUCAGGAGACCCUUCGGACAUCAGCAUUCCCGAGUGCCCAUGUCAAGGACAAAUGGGCAAAGAAUCUGUACCUGGCUUCGAUUUGCUAUGGGCGCACCGUAUCGUGAUACUUGAUUCAGCUAACCUACAUCCUAAAUGUCCGGGAGCAACAUUUUUCCCUGCCUUGUAGGCGAUGUUAUAAAUUUAGUUUGUACAUCAAUCAAAAUUGUUUGGAUCGUAGCAGUCUGUGUAGGCUGUUUCACUGUAUUUAUUUCCCUUUUUUUAAUUGUAAAUGUGUUUGCCUGGGCUCCCCCUUUCCCUUUCC